CUAUUUUUCUAAAAACCAUAAAAUGGCCGGGGUUCUGGAGUGUUCUUGAGCCUCAGCCCUGGAGAGAGAGAGAGAGAGAGAGAGAGAGAGAGACCAUGAUCGGCUUUUGCUUGUUUCCCUAAUUUCUCUUCUUCUCCACGGAUUCCGAAAUCGUAUUGCCCAUGGCGUGCUCCUCCACGAACAUUCAUCGUUUCGAUUCGUCGUUUUACGCGUUUCGGUUUCUGUGAAUUUGCCGACAACAAAAUUUAUCUCUGCUGUUCUUUUUCCUUUUUUCUCUCUGUUUGGGAGAAAAUUUUCCCGGAAAAUGGCCGGCGAGAAAGAGAAAAACGGUGAUCUGUAUGCUGUUUUAGGGCUGAAGAAAGAAUGCAGCGAAGCAGACCUCAAGAAUGCGUACAAGAAACUCGCUCUGAGAUGGCAUCCGGAUCGGUGUUCGGCGUCGGGGAAUUCGAAGUUCGUCGAAGAAGCCAAGAAGAAAUUCCAAGCAAUUCAGCAAGCCUAUUCUGUUUUAUCGGACGCCAACAAACGGCUGCUGUAUGACGUCGGAGUUUACGACAGCGAUGACGACGAUGAUAAUGGUAUGGGCGACUUCUUGACCGAAAUGGUUGCCAUGAUGGACCAAACUAAGCCCAACGAAAACGGAGAGGAGACCUUCGAGAAAUUGCAGGAGCUGUUCCAAGAAAUGUUCAACGGCGACAUGGAACCGAGCUCCCCGACCAAUUAUUUCACGUCGCCAUCAUCCUCGUACUCAUCGGAGUGUUCGAGUUCGAGCAACAAGCGGAAUUCGUCGGAGAUGAACAACGUAAACUCGUCGCAAUCGUACAAAUUCGAGGAUCACGUCCAGAGUUUCUCCACGGGGGUUAGUAGAGGGGGAGGGGGAGGGAGCACGAGCAGGAGCUGGCGGAGGAAACGGUAAGCAGUGAAGGAGGAUUGGCAGGGAAACAGAGGGAUUCGUGGGGGACGACGUGUCGUCAAUCCGGCGUACGACAGUGGUGGUGUGGGAUUGGUAUGUCGUCCGAGGGUGAGGAAGUUUCUGCAAAACGGUGCCGUAUGGUGAGGGUGGUAAUGGAAUUGGAGGCUGCCAUUGCUGAAGCAUAGAAGCAACAACCAUGAACCAUGGGCAGGCAUUGGGCUGGGCAACAUAUGAUAUGAUGGAUGACUCGUGACUUUUUUCUUUAGGUUUAUAAAUUUUAGUUAAUUUGCUCCGCCACUCUCUCAAAGUUUUGGAGUUGGCUUUUCCUUACUUUUUUCCUUUUUUUUUUCUCUCUUGAGUUGUGGCCAUUUUUGUUUAUGUUACGUUAAUUCUUACGUUUUCUUCCUGUUCCUUGUAAUGAAAGCAAUUCUCUCUUGGGUCUUUCUUUGCUUUCUAGUUUUACUUGAAAUAUUAAUAAAAUGAUGAUAAUGAUUAAUA